AUGCGGUUGUGGUGGAUUUUACUGUUUGGGUUUUGGAGUGUCCGUGGGGAACUACCCUUUAUAGCGGAGAACAACGCAGCUAUGCUGGUCAACUGGAAUGCUGUGGACGGGAACAAAAAGCUCUACGCCAUUUACGAUACAAGCGUCAACGAACCGGGGAACAUGUCUUUUGUCAAGGAGACUGUGGACAAACUGUUAAAAGGAUAUGAUAUUCGUCUCCGGCCAGACUUUGGAGGUCCACCAGUUGCUGUCGGCAUGAGUAUAGAUGUGGCUAGUAUAGACAUGGUUUCAGAGGUUAAUAUGGACUACACACUGACCAUGUACUUCCAGCAAUACUGGAGGGAUAAGAGGCUGGCGUAUGUGGGGAUUCCUCUCAACCUGACGCUGGACAACAGAGUAGCAGACCAGCUGUGGGUCCCAGACACCUACUUCCUAAAUGAUAAGAAAUCAUUUGUGCAUGGGGUUACUGUUAAGAACCGAAUGAUCCGGCUCCACCCAGAUGGCACCGUUCUCUACGGCCUCAGAAUCACAACAACGGCUGCCUGCAUGAUGGACCUGAGGAGAUACCCGCUGGACGAACAGAACUGCACUCUGGAAAUCGAAAGUUACGGUUACACCACAGAUGAUAUAGAGUUCUACUGGAAAGGAGGAGACACAGCUGUGACCGGGGUGACACGGAUCGAGCUCCCGCAGUUCUCCAUAGUGGACUACAAGCUCGUCUCCAGGAACGUGGUCUUCUCCACAGGUGCCUACCCUCGGUUGUCACUGAGCUUCAAGUUGAAGCGAAACAUCGGAUACUUCAUCCUGCAGACGUACAUGCCCUCCACCCUCAUCACCAUCCUGUCCUGGGUGUCCUUCUGGAUCAAUUAUGACGCCUCAGCUGCCAGAGUUGCUUUAGGGAUCACCACUGUGCUAACCAUGACAACCAUCAACACCCAUCUCAGAGAAACCCUCCCCAAGAUCCCUUAUGUGAAAGCUAUCGACAUGUACCUGAUGGGCUGCUUCGUGUUUGUUUUCCUGGCUUUGCUGGAGUACGCCUUUGUCAACUACAUCUUCUUUGGACGAGGUCCACAGAUGCAGAAAAAACUGGCUAUGAAGGCGCUGAAGGCAAAUAAUGAGCGCAAUAAAUUUGACCAACCCAAGUCCAUUCUGGAAGGAGUCAAUUGCAAGUCAUCGUCGUCUCUUAAUCAAUCCAACCAGGUACAGAGUCGCCGUCACUCACGUAGGGUCGACUCCCAUGGGAACAUUUUGCUGACAACCUUGGAGAUCCAUAACGAGGUGGGGGGCAAUGAGAUCACGACAACCCUGAGCGAGACUCACAACUCCACCUCCAUGACAUUCGACAACUCAGGGGUCCAGUACAGGAAGCCGAGCGCACCAAACGAAUCGGGCCGCCUGAGCAUGGACAGGAACGCACACCUUAAGAAAACCCGUCUGCGGAGACGAUCGUCGCACCUCAAAAUCAAAAUCCCCGACCUCACCGAUGUAAACGCCAUCGACAGGUGGUCGCGGAUUAUAUUCCCCUUCGCCUUCUGCCUCUUCAACCUGAUCUACUGGCUUUAUUAUGUCCAUUAACACGCUGUGCUUUUUAAACCCAUUUUUGUCUCCUUCUGGUACAGGAAUGGAGAAGAACUUUUUGAUGUGACACACCUAAUGUGGUAAAAUUGUGAACAUUUUUGGUCAUAGCAAGUGCAAACUUUGGCAAACGAGCCAUCACUCAGACUGUGCGAUGUCACACGGAUUUACCGACAAAGACUUUCAUGUACAGACCGACACUUUCUGCUAAGACCCCUGUGAACUGCUGGGAGACAAAACGUCAUUCACACCACCGGAGAUAUGUUCCUAAAACGGCAGUAUUUCACAAGAUCACAUUAUUGGAUUCUGUUCAUAGUAAUAAUGCAACUUUAUUUGUCUCUCAGUCUCAACGUUGACUAACAUGGACAUUCAGGUUUUAACCUGCGGACUAAAAUCUGUCUUAAAUCUUUGGACAUUUUGGAGAAAUGUUGUGGUUUUUAGCACAGUUUAAAUGAAAUGACUGAAGAAUCUUACAGUGCCUUGCAAAUGGAUUUAUACCCUUUGAACAUUUUCACAUUUUCUCACAUUACAACCACAGAUUUGAAUGUAUUUCAUAUUUUAUGUGACAGACCAACAUGAAUUAGGACAUAACUGUUCAAAUUAAUGGAAAUUGAUAAACAGUUUUGAAAAUACUUUAAAUGGGCCAUGACAACAAAUUUCAUUUUUCUGGGGUUUUGGGGGUAUAAUAUGUUGUGCACUGAUGAGGCCGUGUACACGUCAAAACUGAACACCAAAGGACCUGCAGUCAGCUUUGAUGCUUUGCUUAAAAACGGUCAGAUCAGAAAACGGGUUGUCUUUCUAUGUUGGUCGUCUUUCUACAUCAUAUUCUCCAAUCAGAGGAGCACACUAUCGAUCAAACAGCCUUCAUGCUCCCGUCCUCACCCUCAGCAAAUGCCCCCGC